CGCGUUCGCGCGGUGUAGGCGGAGCUAGAGGCCGCCGGGGGGGCUUGUAGGGAGACGGCGCUGCCGCCAUUUUGUAGGGUGUUUGUCGCAGCGGCUGGAGAGAGAAGACGGCGGUUUGGCGACAUUUCUCGGCCAAAGGGCCUUUUCCUUUCGCGGAGAUGCGGCAUUCGAAAAGAACUCACUGCCCUGAUUGGGACAGCAGAGAAAGCUGGGGACAUGAAAGCUACAGUGGAAGUCACAAACGAAAGAGGAGAUCCCACAGUAGUACACAAGAGAACAGACAUUGUAAACCACAUCACCAGUUUAAAGAAUCUGAUUGUGCUCCAUGUGCAUCCCUCUUGAAGCUUCGCACUCUGUCGAAGAGGACACUCAUCCCAGUCAUUACUUAGAAGCAAGGUCCUUGAAUGAGAGAGAUUAUCGGGACCGGAGAUACAUUGAUGAAUAUAGAAAUGACUACUGCGAAAGAUACGUUCCUAGACAUUAUCACAGAGACAUUGAAAGCAGUUAUCGAAUCCACUGCAGUAAGUCUUCAGUCCGAAGCAGGAGAAGCAGUCCUAAAAGGAAGCGUAAUAGGCACUGUUCAAGUCAUCAGUCACGUUCGGUAUGAUUGAUUGGUUUUUAUUUUGGGUGGAUACGUAUUUGUGUGAAAAAGCACUUACUGAGCUGAUAAGUUUGGAAAAGUUUAUAUAUAUAAUACUAUUUGAAUAUAGUUAUGUUUAUAUUACUUGAGUCCUUAAAGGAAACUUCCAAAUUCUUAUGACUAAUCUGUGUUUAUUAGCUAGCCCUCAUUUGCCCAUAUUUACUCAUUUUCUGCAGAGCAGAUUAUGAAUCCCUUGAUUUCAAUAUUAAAAAUAUUUUAAUGUUUUAUAAUAUAAUCUUAUGAAAAGAUGAAGCACCCGUCUUUUCUUUCAUUUUAAACUUUUUUUACUUUAAAAGAAAGAUGUUUCCUAAUACUUGGAAACAUAGAAAGUUGCACUGGUGGAUCCAUACCCUGUGUAUAGCACAGUGCCACAGCACAGUGCAUCAUUUUCUGCAGCUGGUUCCACUGGGAUUCUGAACAUGGGUGCUGAGUGGGAAAUGUGUUGUCCAGAGAGCCUGCCCUUUUUUUACACGCAUGCAUCGAUCACCUGUUUGAUUAAUAAACUAUGAAUUACUGUUUUCCUCUCAAGUUUUCUUCAGUAGAACUAGUUCUGAUUAGAUUGAACGUUGAAAUUAACUAGCUUUUAUUUUCCCCUUUUAAUCGUGUAUGUUUUAAAGUAUUGCUAAAUGAACGAUUUGAACUAAUCUUGACAUUUUAAAACAUCUUCCUGACAAAGUAGACAUCCCAGCUCACAGCAUGUGCUGUUUUGUAACGAGAUUGAUAGAUCAUGACAUUGCGUUCCUUAAAUUUCAGACUUCACUUAAAUCAGUAUUUUAAAGAGACAAUUGUGUUGUUUUUUUUCUAUUGCCACUUUAAGUAUCUUAUCUGAAAAUCUGUUCCUUGCCAUGUUUUUCUUCUGUAACAUAAACUGUGCCCUGUGAAUUUCUGGGGACUGAAUUUGAAAUUGCUCCUGCCAACUGUUCGUGGCCUGGUGCUUAUCUGAAUGCCUGAAUAUCUCCCCGCUGAAUGAAUUGCGUAUUCUGCCCUGAAUUCACUCUGAUAUAUUGAUUGGCUGGACGAUCUUGGUGCUGCCCACUUGCCGUUCCAGAAGAGCCACCGAAGGAAAAGAUCCAGGAGUAUAGAGGAUGAUGAGGAGGGUCACCUGAUCUGUCAAAGUGGAGACGUUCUAAGAGCAAGAUAUGAAAUCGUGGACACUUUGGGUGAAGGGGCCUUUGGCAAAGUUGUAGAGUGCAUUGAUCAUGGCAUGGAUGGCAUACAUGUAGCGGUGAAAAUCGUAAAAAACGUGGGUCGUUACCGUGAAGCAGCUCGUUCAGAAAUCCAAGUACUCGAGCACUUAAAUAGCACUGACCCCAGUAGUGUCUUCCGCUGUGUCCAGAUGCUAGAAUGGUUUGAUCAUCACGGUCAUGUUUGUAUUGUGUUUGAACUGCUGGGACUUAGUACCUAUGAUUUCAUUAAAGAAAAUAGCUUUCUCCCAUUUCAAAUUGACCACAUCAGGCAAAUGGCGUAUCAGAUCUGCCAGUCAAUAAAUUUUUUGCAUCAUAAUAAAUUAACCCAUACAGAUCUGAAGCCUGAAAAUAUUUUAUUUGUGAAGUCUGACUAUGUAGUCAAAUAUAAUUCUAAAAUGAAACGCGAUGAACGCACACUGAAAAACACAGACAUCAAAGUUGUUGACUUUGGAAGUGCGACGUACGACGAUGAGCAUCACAGCACUCUGGUGUCUACGCGGCAUUACAGAGCUCCAGAGGUCAUCUUGGCUUUAGGUUGGUCUCAGCCUUGUGAUGUUUGGAGCAUAGGUUGCAUUCUGAUUGAGUAUUACCUUGGUUUCACAGUCUUUCAGACUCAUGAUAGUAAAGAGCACCUGGCAAUGAUGGAACGAAUAUUAGGACCCAUACCAACACACAUGAUUCAGAAAACAAGAAAGCGCAAGUAUUUCCAUCAUAACCAGCUAGAUUGGGAUGAACAUAGUUCUGCUGGUAGAUACGUCAGGAGACGCUGCAAACCAUUAAAGGAAUUUAUGCUUUGUCAUGAUGAAGAACAUGAGAAACUGUUUGACCUGGUUCGAAGAAUGUUAGAAUACGAUCCAGUACAAAGAAUUACCUUGGAUGAAGCACUGCAGCAUCCUUUCUUUGACUUAUUAAAAAAGAAAUGAAAUGGAAAUCAGUGGUCUUACUAUACUUCUCUAGAAGGGAUAACUUAAGACUGUGUCAGUCAACUCUAAACAUUCUAAUAUUUUUGUAAACAUUAAAUUAUUUUGUACAGUUAAGUGUAAAUACUGUAUGUUUUGUAUCAAUAGCAUAAUUAUCUUGUUAAGCGAAUAUGGUCUUGAUAAUGAAAUAUAAAAGCUAAAAUUAAUUUUCCUUUUUUGAGGUUAAUUACCAUUUUUAAAGACCUUUGGAAAAAUCCUUUCUGUCCAGUGACAAAUGUGAUUGAUCUUGUCUUUUAUACAUGGAGGUUGACUCUUUGAAGUGAUUUUUUUUCUUUUUUUGAGUAAAAGAAAAUCUUGACUACUUCAUUCCUUAAUGAUUAUUCUUUACAUACCUCAAAGU